AUGUCUCAAACGCCAGGGAAAGAUGCUUCAUUCUGCCAUCUUUAUGAGCCCAUCGAGGCAGUAGAGAAAUUGGAAAGCUACAGGGUGGGUGGCUAUCACCCCAUAGCAAUCGGGGACCAAUUUCACGAUCGCUAUCGGGUAGUUCACAAGCUCGGCCACGGUACAUACUCAACGGUCUGGCUGGCUCAAGACCGAAAAUUCAAUAGAUACGUCGCAGUCAAAGUGUGCACUGCAGAUUCGAAUCCACGCGAACCUGACGUACUUUCCGAACUUUCCAGCCCGCAACAAAGCCAGGGUACCAGCCCAGGAAGGGCGGUGAUUCCUUCGCAACAGACCCAGGGUAUCAGUCUCAGGAAGGGCGAUGAUUCCUUCGCCAGGAUGAGCCUGUCAGAGGCAAAGGAUGAAUCAUAUAAUCGCCUUUUUCAACUGGAGGUUGCCCGCGCUUUAGUGGCACAACUAGUGAUCGCGGUCGAAUAUGUGCAUUCCCAAGGGUUUGUUCACGGGGACCUUCACUAUGGAAACGUUCUGCUCCGGCUACCGUAUAACUUGGAUCCAUUGACUAUCGAGGAGCUAUAUCAAAAGUGCGGCGAGCCGCAAGCCGAGGCGAUAAGACGCUUUGAUGGGAAACCCCUCCCACUAACUAUCCCGUCGCAUGCUGUUAUACCUAUAUGGUUUGGAGAAGCAAGCGAUAAGCUUAGUCUUCCGGAAGCUAAAAUUUUGCUCGGUGAUUUUGGCGAGGCUUUCUCCCCUACUAAGCAACAAAUUUACGAGUCUCACACCCCACUUAUAAACCGUCCACCGGAGGUUCGAUUCGAACCACACAAGUCUAUUUCCUUUCCGUCGGAUGUAUGGUCACUCGGUUGCGCUAUAUGGAAUAUCAUUGCCCAGAGUCCACUUUUCGACCAGUACAUUAUAAGUGAGGAUGAUUUAACCUGUGAGCAAGUCGAGGCGCUUGGCAUAUUGCCUCCGGAAUGGUGGUGCCAAUGGGAGGGACGACAUGGUAGGUUCACUGAGGAUGGGAAGCCGAUAAAUCGAAAGUCUUAUCGAUCGUGGGAAGACCGAUUCGAAGACAGUGUGCAGGGGCCUCGGCAGGAAGAAGGCAUGCCACCUAUUGAACCGGCGGAGCGGGAUGCCAUUUUUUCGAUGCUGCGGUCAAUGCUUGUAUUCAGGCCCGAAAGUCGUCCAACUGCAAGGCAAAUCCUUGAUUCAGAAUGGAUGGUGAAGUGGGCUCUGCCUGAGUUCGAAAAGUGCCGACUAGCCGGGCAGAGGAACGGGUGA